CUUCCGGGCCGGUUGCUGGGUUGAAGUCGAGAACGAUAGCGCGUCGGAAUGCUGCAGGUUGGGAGGACGGGGGUAAUCGUGGCCGGAGUUUUUGGGGCCGCAUUCAUCGGUUACUGCAUAUAUUUUGACAGGAAAAGAAGAAGAGCCCCUGAUUUCAGAGUAAAAUUGCGCGAAAGAAGAAGAAAACAGAAACAACAGGAUAAAGCAAAUGAUUGUAUUGGCAAGUUACCUGACUUAAAAAAUGUUGAAGCAGUACAGAAGUUUUUUCUUGAAGAGGUCCAGUUGGGAGAAGAAUUGUUGGCAAGAGGUGACUAUGAGAAAGGAGUUGAUCAUUUAAGUAAUGCAGUGUCAGUAUGUGGUCAGCCACAGCAACUAUUGCACGUUCUCCAGCAAACACUACCACAUCAAGUGUUCCAGAUGCUUAUCCAAAGAUUGCCAGUUGUUAGACAGCGUUUUCUUGCAGGAAUGAACGCACAGAAUUUGGUAGAUGAUGAUGUUGAAUAAAAUGUUUACACUUUCUUCGGCUCCAACAAAGUUUAUUCCAUCAUUGUGAACUCCUAACUUCAGUGAUUUCAUGUUUAAUUAAGUUUACAAACUAAGUCAAAACUGUACCAUUCACUUUCAAAAUAAAACAGAAGCCUUGGUCCAUCAA